GGCAAGAACGUGUUUCUUUGAAAGUGUCUAAGCUUAAGUAAAAUUUUAGAUUGCUUUCCGAAAGCUGUGUAUAUUGGUAUCUUGUUGCACUUUUUUAUGCACUAUAGUCUCAAGAGUUUACGGACAUUGAUACAACACAGAUAUGAUAGACGCCUUAAUUCGUGACAGGGAGAUCAGAACGCGCCUUUGUUUCUGGAUGCCGGUGUGUUGAAUCUUAUUCCAUGUCAGAUACCAUCGACAGAGAUAUCAGAUCUUGUACAAUACGGGUCAAGAGUUAUCAAAUGUGGUCUUUAAAUCGGAACAAAUCUUAGGCAUGCUUUGAUAUAUUGCGGGGCAAUACACAAUAUUUUCCAGCGACUGGACUUUUUUACGGUGUAAAAAUUUCUCAAGUGUUCUCUCAUUUGUUACGGAACAUUUCUAUUUGUGCCCGGAUAAUGCCAUUAUUUACGUUCUACCUGAGCGGACCUCUUCACAAGAUUGAGAAAAGAGAAUAAUUAUUUAUUCAGUCUGUUUUUAAAAACCUCAAUCGAUUUGUUGUUAUGAAAAAAAAGUAUUCAACUCAUUUAAUUCAUUUUCGCUAACCGUGUGGUAAAACGGAAGAAAACCGAGAUUUGCCGGAGUUAAGGUUGACAUUCAUACAAGGGCCAUAGACUUUGACAUGAAAUCUUUUGUUACAAAUCCCCGUUUGGUAUCGUGCGGUUAAUCAACAUUUAGUAGGACUGCUGCCACUCCGUGUGCUUUCUCGACUACCAUACCGAUAUAUACAUACUGAUAGAAAUUGGAUAAUGAUCUAUAUUAACAAUAAAACAGCGCAAACGGAGCGUUAGCAUGAAUGAACUUCCAUAAAUUGAACGCGAAGCUGGAUUCCCUAUUUCUUUAGUGUUAUAUACUGAUGAUACGGACCUUAGCGCGCGGGGAGAGCGGUUCCUGGAACACAGAACUAUUACACCGCUCACAGAGGCAACAUCCAGCAAUGACAAGACUCUCAGGAAUCGGGGUUUUCUGGGCUCUACUGUCCCUCCUGGCUGCUGUCGGGGCCAGUUUUGGGUUUUACAUGCCAUAUUGGUUAAAAGGACAACUUAAUGGUGUACCCGUGUAUUUUGGCGUUUUCAGACGCUGCAACUACCCACGAAGGACUGUUAAUGAUGAAUUUGAAAUGGUGGAGCAGUGUGGACGAUAUUCGAGUUUCAGUGACAUUCCAAGCCUGUGGUGGCAAGUGGCUACCAUUGCCGUGGGUACCGGAUGUGGACUGGCGGUACUGAUAGCCUUAAUUGCCAUUCUGGCUAUUUGUAUCAGAGGCAUUAUAUCCCCUUUCAUUGCAAAGAUUGCAGGAAUUUUACAGAUGUGUUCAGGUUUACUGAUUGGAGGGGGUCUGGCUAUUUACCCUCAUGGCUGGACCAGCGCCGAGGUACAGCAGGCCUGUGGUCAAACGUCCAGUUCUUAUAAAUUUGGUACCUGUACGUUCUACUGGGCGUUUUAUUUGACGGCGGCGGGAGCUGCCCUCACUCUGUUGAUCGCCAUGUUUUCUUGUUGUGCCAGCACACCCAAGAGGGAUCGACCAUAUGAUGACGUGUAAAGCAUAGAAAGUCACAGUGUUCAAAAACACGGAUCUCAAGAGACGUCAUCAGGAAUUCAAUAGCGUAGCUUGUAAAAUAGAAGGGGCCCGGUUGAGAUCUAUUCGAGUUCUGUCAAAAUCUAUUAUAAAUCAUGUAUUGUUUGAUGUUGCUUUUGAGCAUUAAACUUUAUAUACUGAUUUGUUUACAUGGCGUGUCCACGUACAGAUUCCGAUCUGAAAAGGUCGGAAAUAUGCUGUGGUCUUUAUCUGUAAUUGGACUUUCACGAUACUUAGGUUGGCGCCUGUGCAAGUUACCAACUUAGCAUUUGUGUAUGUUUCAAAGUCAAAUAUACUGUGCCUAUAUGUAUAAUGUAUUUCGACGUUAAAGAUACCCUUUGCAAUACAGAGAGAGAGAGAGAGAGAGAGAGAGAGAGAGCGAUGACAGCCUACAAGAUUGGAAAUGACAGUUGCAUGUUAGAAUCACAUUUACGUCAUGCAAUUCAGCCGUGUGUCCGUAUGAUUACUGUGUCUGUACGGUGGUCUUUUAUCUACUUGUAUGUUCAUUCUAUAGCAUUCUUUAGUAUGUUUUCUUUUCUACAUGAGAUAAAUACUAGUAUAAAAUAAAUAUGAUAAACUUAAUAAUG